CUCUGUUGAACCAGUCAGCACUUUCCUCAGCCAGCCAGUAUUGGUUAGUUUGCAGCCUGUUUGCAGUCAAAACAGUAGCUUCAUUCACUGCCUAAAAAAAGACUCCUACCACACAAGACAGAACAAUGGUGUAUAACUGUACAAUGCUAGAUGACUUCCUGUUGCAGUACUACCUGGCUCCCGCCUAUGCCCUGGAGUUUGCCCUGGGUUUCCCCAGCAACCUGCUGGUGGUCCUGGGUUACGUGUUCUGCCUGCCAGAGUGGAAGAGCACCAAUGUUUACCUGUUCAACCUCGCUGUCUCUGAUCUCAUCUUUCUGUGCACUCUGCCACACCUCUCCUACCUGUACGCCAAAGCCAAUUCAGAAUACAGCGGCUUCGGCUGCAUCAUCAACCGCUAUAUCCUCCAUACCAACCUCUACUCCUCCAUCCUUUUCAUGGUGUGGGUCAGCAUGGACCGCUUCCUGCUCGUACGACACCCGUCACGACUUCACUUCCUGUUGACCAAGAAGGCGGCCCUCUGCUUGUCUCUCAUGACCUGGGUGGCAGUUAACAUGCAGGUGGCCCCCCUAAUAUUCUACAUCAUCCAGGACAUGCAGAAAGGGAACUGGAGCUUAUGUAAGGACUUUGGGAGCCUGGGGGUUAUGGAGAACUUGCUGGGAUACAGCCUGGGCCUGACGGUGACUGGCUACCUGCUGCCUCUGCUGGGGCUUGGCUUCUUCAGCUUCCACAUCAACCAGCUUCUCCGUGUCCAGGCGGAAGUGAUUCAGGGCACGGGGACAUCGUUCCGCAAGCCCGUACGUGUGGUCUCUGCUGUAGCGACCAUGUUUCUGGUACUGUAUCUGCCCUAUCAUUUGAUGAGGAAUGUGAGGAUAGCGUCGCGGCAUCCCUGGGCAGGGCUGUCUGACUGCCACAAGAUAUAUAUACAGAGUGCAUACAUCCUGACCAGGCCGGUGGCAUUCAUCCAUAGUGUUAUUAACCCUGUGUUCUACUUCUUCAUGGGAGACAAGUUCAGAGAGCUCCUAUUGGCCAAGAUCAGAGUCCUGGUGAGACAGCUAGAACAGAGGACAGGGACAUCAAUGUGAGAUCCUGUUGAACACUCACUCACACACACAAACAAACACACACAGUGUCCGGGAAAAUAUCAUGGUAUGUUUGAAAUAUUAUUCAAGUAGGCAUAUUUAACCAAUGUUGUGAUGUCCCGAUCUGCAGGGGAGGGGUGGAACCAGCCACGCUAAGCAUUUUUAUGUCUACUAUAUAAGACCUGAGCAUUUCUUGUAUUAUUGGGCUCACAACAAGUCACCUACGAUUGGUCCUUGACCAGCUCCUUUAUUGCAAUUAUUGAUAAUAAAUAUUGAUUGUUUGAAAAAAUAACAAAGUCUCUCUCACUUAAUUUUUUUUAUUUUUAUGACAAUCUGCUGACGAGGAUGGGAU